AUGGCUCCUCUCAAGGCUGGCGACCAAUUCCCCGAGGGUAUCACCUUCACCUACAUCCCUCCCGCUCCCGAGAACUCGGACUUCGCUGCCUGCGGUAUCCCCAUCAAGUACAACGCCUCUAAGGAGUUCCAGAACAAGAAGGUCGUUCUCUUCGCCCUUCCCGGUGCCUUCACCCCUACCUGCUCCGCCUCCCACGUUCCCGGCUACAUCGCCAAGUUCGACGAGCUCAAGUCCAAGGGCGUUGACCAGGUCAUCUGCCUCGCCUACAACGACGCCUACGUCAUGUCCGGCUGGGGCAAGGCCAACGGUGUCAAGGACGAGUCCAUCGUCUUCGCCUCCGACGACGGCACCAAGUUCUCCAAGGAGCACGCUUGGGUUGAGGGCGAGCGCACCAACCGCUACGGCAUGAUCAUCGACCACGGCAAGGUCAUCUACUCCGAGGUCGAGCCUCACCUGCAGGCCCAGGAGGUCUCCACCGCCGAGGCCAUGCUGAAGGUUCUGUAA